AACUAUUAGAGUUUUAUAUUUACACCGAAACAGCGCUGAGAUCUUUUCCAAGCCAAGCUAGCUUUUUUUUUACGUAGUUUGUGAGAGGGUGAUCCGAAGCAUAUCGAGGUAAGUAAAACGAGAUAUAGCCUCCCUUUUCGUCCUCAGUUCCUCGGUCUUGGGUUAGCCAGAUACCGGCAUGCUAGUGGGGGCAAACCGGGGCAUUUUCUAGCCGCUUGGCUAAAUGAAGAUCUAGCUAGCGGUAUUCAUUGGGUAACGAUGACAUUGAAAUGUAAGUAGCUACUAAAACAGUCGGUAUAGCUAUGAAACUUGGUAUCCAUAUGGAGUGGAUACAUUUUCAUGAUUUAAAAAGAUUAUGACUGGGGGGGGGUUGAAUUAUUUACGCACGAUUGACGGUAUUUUCGGUUUGCGUGACUUGAUUUGGCUCCUCGGAUUACACAGGAAUGUAGCUAGUUUGUAAACUAUUUGAAUCAGAGCUGCCAAGUUUUGAAGAAAGUUUGGAGUGGGAUUUGUUAUGUGAAUUUCAUUGCCCCCUGGCACAAUCCCUAGACUGGGGACUGGGUGUCCUUCCUUAGGAAUAUCUUACUGUUUUAAAGCUCAUUUCCUGCAAUUCUAUGUAUUUUGACAUUGCUUAGGCCAAUGACCAGGGUGAGAAAUGAGGUGUAUUCAGGAUACUUUGAACAUUAAAUGAACACUCAUGUCCCCGUGUAGCUCAGUUGGUAGAGCAUGGCGCUUGCAACACCAGGGUUGUGGGUUCGUUUCCCACGGGGGGCCAGUAUGAAAAAUGUAUGCACUCACUAACUGUAAGUCGCUCUGGAUAAGAGCGUCUGCUAAAUGACAUAAAAUGUAAAAUUCGACGACUUUGUUACUUUGAGUUUUUUUGGGUAUGCAAAUAUUUUGUACUUUUUUUUUAGGUGGUUUGAAACUUUCUUCGGACAGUAAUGAAAUAAGAGGGGGAGACGGGUAAAUGCUAGAAACAGUGGGAAGGUUGGAAGCAGGGAAUGAAUGGUCGCUGUUCUCAGGUGGAAAGUUGUGCAACAUUUGCCUGGGAGUGUUACCACUACACCAAGGCUCUGCACAGGAAAUGUUAAUAUUAAUGGUGGAUGCCAGAGGGUAACCAAAUCAUAGAUUGCAGUCUGCUUGUCCAUAGACUGCUUUCAAAGUAAGGACACAAACAUUUUAUAUUUUGUCAUUUGGGUGAACUAUCUAUUUUUUAAAAUAGGGAGGGAAGAAAAUCCUGCUUGCUCUCCAGGAGGGUUGGUCAACCCAGAGCUAUGUCUCUCCAGGAGGGUUGGUCAACCCAGAGCUAUGUCUCUCCAGGAGGGUUGGUCAACCCAGAGCUAUGUCUCUCCAGGAGGGUUGGUCAACCCAGAGGCCCCAGGAGGGUUGGUCACCCUAGCUAUGUCUCUCCAGGAGGGUUGGUCAACCCAGAGCUAUGUCUCUCCAGGAGGGUGUUUGAACAUUUUCUUGUUAUAACAAUUAAUUUCUCAAGAUCCCCCAACCUUCAAGAAAAUCAAAUGAAUAUUCAGGUGGUUUAUGCCUGCUAGUUGAAGAUCCUUUAAAUUGUUUUAUUUAUUUCACCUUUUAUUUAACCAGGUAAGCCAGUUGAGAACAAGUUCUCAUUUACAACUGCGACCUGGCCAAGAUGAAGCAAAGCAGUGCGAUAAAAACAACAACAACAACACAGUUACAUAUGGGGUAAACAAAACAUACAGUCAAUAACACAAUAUAAAAUCUAUAUACAGUGUGUGCAAAUGUAGCAAGUUAUGGAGGUAAGGCAAUAAAUAGGCCAUAGUGCAAAAUAGUUACAAUUAUAACUUAGUAUUAACACUGGAGUGAUAGAUGUGCAGAAGAUGAUGUGUAAAUAGAGAUACUGGGGUGCAAAUGAGCAAAAUAAAUAACAAUGUAAAUAACAAUAUGGGGAUGAGGUAGUUGGGUGGGCUAAUUACAGAUGGGCUGUGUACAGGUGCAGUGAUCGGUAAGCUGCUCUGACAACUGAUGCUUAAAGUUAGUGAGGGAGAUAAGAGUCUCCAGCUUCAGAGAUUUUUGCAGUUCGUUCCAGUCAUUGGCAGCAGAGGACUGGAAGGAAUGGCGGCCAAAGGAGGUGUUGGCUUUGGGGAUGACCAGUGAGAUAUACCUGCUGGAACGCAUACUACGGGUGGGUGUUGCUAUGGUGACCAAUGAGCUAAGAUAAGGCGGGAUUUGCCUAAAAGUGAUUUAUAGAUGACCUGGAGCCAGUGGGUUUGGUGAAGAAUAUGUAGUGAGGGCCAGCCAACGAGAGCGUACAGGUCACAAUGGUGGGUAGUAUAUGGGGCUUUGGUGACAAAACGGAUGGCACUGUGAUGGACUACAUCCAAUUUGCAGAGUAGAGUGUUGGAAGCUAUUUUGUAAAUGACAUUGCCGAAGUCAAGGAUCGGUAGGAUAGUCAGUUUUACGAGGGCAUGUUUGGCAGCAUGAGUGAAGGAGGCUUUGUUGCGAAAUAGGAAGCUGAUUCUAGAUUUAACUUUGGAUUGGAAAUGUUUAAUGUGAGUCUGGAAGGAGAGUUUACGGUCUAACCAGACACCUAGGUAUUUGUAGUUGUCCACAUACUCUAGGUCAGACCCGUCGAGAGUGGUGAUUCUAGUCGGGUGGGCGGGUGCCAGCAGCGUUCGAUUGAAAAGCAUGCAUUUAGUUUUACUAGUGUUUAAGAGCAGUUGGAGGCUACUGAAGGAGUGUUGUAUGGCAUUGAAGCUUGUUUGGAGGUUUGUUAACAGUGUCCAAUGAAGGGCCAGAUGUAUACAAAAUGGCGUAGUCUGCGUAGAGGUGGAUCUGAGAGUCACCAGCAGCAAGAGCGACAUCAUUGAUAUACACAGAGAAUAGAGUCGGCCCGAGAAUUUAACCCUGUGGCACCCCCAUAGAGACUGCCAGAGGUCCAGACAACAGGCCCUCCGAUUUGACACGUUGAACUCCAUCUGAGAAGUAGUUGGUGAACCAGGCGAGGCAAUCAGUGGAGAAACCAAGGCUAGUUAUUCCUUGCCAUCAUCAUACUCGACAUAGACACAAUAUGAUGCAUUGAUGAGUUGGGAGUCCCCCUACCAUCUCUGUCUAGCAUGUGCACAAUACUAAAAUGUCCAAUUUUAUUUUUGAUUCCUGGAGCAUUUAAUAUCCAAUGCUUAUUUGCAUGACAUUCAAAACUGUCCAUGAAUGGCUGCAAAAAAAUGCAUAGCCUCAUAUAAUUAAUUUUUCAAAGACAGAAGUAGGCAUAUCAGAUUUCAAAUGUGACUAUGCAGAACUGGGAAGAAGUGGAAUACUACAGUAGUUGUUGCUGACAAGCUCAGUAUUUACCCUAUAUUAUAGUCCGUUGUUAAGAAUGAGAAUUAUUCCACUGAUCAGACUAAACAAUUUAAAUAGCUAAUAAAAUCUCCUGAAGACAAUAUUACCUUAAUCUGCCCAAACUAUUUUAUAUUUAUUGUCCCCCCUCUAGAAUCAAACUUACACUUUUGGGUUCACAAUCUUUUUUACAAAAUUAUUUUCAGUUACACACAUCAGGUCACUGAACUUCCUGCUAAAACAUACUGUAGGUCUGUCUGCUGCCUUUUCGUUGUCACAGCCUGAAUGCCAAUGACCAAAACGAGGGGACUAAUGCAAGUGUGGAUUAAAUCAACUGUAGUGCAUGCUGUCAAGGCUGCGUUCUGCAAUAGGGACGGGAGUAACAGCAACCUCCAUUUUGUUGACGUUGUAUUUAAAACAGCGCUACCCUGCUGCUCUUUUUACCGUUUUAUAAACUCGGUGGAGAACGAUCUCUCUCUCAGUUCUACUCUAAUCUUGAGGGGCGUUUCUUUACAACGCGCAUCCAAUCCCCUUUAUCCUUUACAUACAGUGCAUUCGGAAAGUAUUCAGACCCCUUGACUUUUUCCAAAUGUUGUUACGUUACAGCCUUAUUCUAAAAUGGAUUAAAUUGUCCCCCCCCUCAUUAAUCUACACACAAUACUCCAUAAUAACAAAAACAGGUUUUUUAGAAAUAUCACAUCUGUUCCAUUAGUUUCCUAUGGAUCUGGCAUAUUCCUAUUCCACAGCCCGUUUUGACAUAGCACGGCCCUAUGACCUAUGUGCUUCAGAUAGGAAAUGGAAUGCAUAGCCGUCCAUAACACAUUACAAUGUUUUCCUUCUCACUCAGAGUAGAGGAUAGUAUAACUUUUUAUUGUUGGUUCCAACUUGGGAAAUUGUUUUAAGGACAAGACAUUUUACAUUUGUGUCAUUUAGCAGACGCUCUUAUCCAGAGCGACUUACAGUUAGUGAGUACAUACAUUUUCAUACUGGCCCCCACGUGGGAAUCGAACCCACAACCCUGGCGUUGCAAACGCCAUGCUCUACCAACUGAGCUACACGGGACAAGACUCGUAUCAAACACAUGAUAGAAAGACACAGACACGUGAAGGCAUGUGCACCUUAGCACCCAUAAAAUGUCUGACUCGAGAUAAGGAAAGACGUUGUCCUAAACUCCUCUUUUGUUUUCCUCAGGCCUGAACAGUCGUUGUAAGGAUGGAGACUAUAAUUCGCCGCUGCCCGUUCCUGUCCCGCGUGCCCCAAGCUUUCCUCCAGCAGGCCCGGACGUCCCUGGUGGUCUACGCCCAGAAAUGUCCUGUGAUGAUGGACCUGGCCUCCAAGCCUCUGUCCCGUUCCCUCUGCUCCUCCUCAGCUAGCUUCCAGAAGGCUGAGGACACCGUGACAUCAGCCCAGACAUCAGCCGAGAAGGGUAAGUGAUCUGGUGACACCGUGACAUCAGCCCAGACAUCAGCCGAGAAGGGUAAGUGAUCUGGUGACACCGUGGCUUCAGCCCAGACAUCAGCCGAGAAGGGUAAGUGAUCUGGUGACACCGUGGCUUCCGCCCAGACAUCAGCCGAGAAGGGUAAGUGAUCUGGUGACACCGUGGCUUCCGCCCAGACAUCAGCCGAGAAGGGUAAGUGAUCUGGUGACACCGUGGCUUCCGCCCAGACAUCAGCCGAGAAGGGUAAGUGAUCUGGUGACACCGUGGCUUCCGCCCAGACAUCAGCCGAGAAGGGUAAGUGAUCUGGUGACACCGUGACUUCAGCCCAGACAUCAGCCGAGAAGAGUAAGUGAUCUGGUCAUAGACUGUAAUGGGUUGUUAGGUUAACAUAUGAAUUAUGGCCCCAAGGUUUCCCUGGUCGGAAAAAUCUCUAGGGCUAUGUUUUUCCAACCGGCUCCCAUCAUUAGGAAAAAACCCCCCCUGACCCUAUUCAUAUAGUAUUGUGUAGGUUUAAAGAUCUGUAUCUUAAGUCUCCUAACCCUAGUAUCUUCUGUCCUUUAGGAGCCAAUGGGGGCACCACCACCAAGCUGCCUCAGGUCCACCCCCACCCCAUGCCCCCCUCUGGCCAGGCCUCGGGGGCCUCCAAGUGCCCCUUCCUGGCGGCUGAGAUGGGCCAGAACAGCGGUGUGGUGCGCCAGGCCAGCAUCCAGCUGCAGGAGGACGUGCAGGAGGUCCGCACCAUCCAGAAAGGUACACAAUGGGUUAAACCACCUGGAGCUUUAUUGCAGGGGUCAAUACUUCAGGACACACAGUACCAGUCAAAAGUUUGGACACACCUACUCAUUCAAAGGUUUUUCUUUAUUUGUUAUAUUUUCUACAUUGUAGAAUAAUAGUGAAGACAUCAAAACUAUGAAAUAACACAUAUGGAAUCAUGUAGUAACCAAAAAAAGUGUUCAACAAAUCAAAAUAUAUUUUUUAUGUGAGGUUGUUCAAAUAGCCACCCUUUGCCUUGAUGACAGCUUUGCACACUCUUGGCAUUCUCUCAACCAGCUUCACCUGGAAUGCUUUUCCAACAGUCUUGAAGGAGUUCCCACAUAUGCUGAGCACUUGUUGGCUGCUUUUCCUUCACUCUGCGGUCUGACUCAUCCCAAACCAUCUCAAUUGGGUUGAGGUCGGGGGAUUGUGGAGGCCAGGUCAUCUGAUGCAGCACUCCAUCACUCUCCUUCUUGGUAAAAUAGCCCUUACACAGCCUGGAGGGGUGUUGGGUCAUUGUCCUGUUGAAAAACAAAUGAUAGUCCCACUAAGCCCAAACCAGAUGGGAUGGCGUAUCGCUGCAGAAUGCUGUGGUAGCCAUGCUGGUUAAGUCACCAGCAAAGCACCCCCACCCCAUAACACCUCCUCCUCCGUGCUUUACGGUGGGAAAUACACAUGCGGAGAUCAUCCGUUCACCCACACCGCAUCUCACAAAGACACGCCGGUUGUAACCAAAAAUCUCCAAUUUGGACUCCAGACCAAAGGACACGUUUCCACCGGUCUAAUGUCCAUUGCUCGUGUUUCUUGGCCCAAGCAGGUCUCUUCUUAUUGGUGUCCUUUAGUAGUAGUUUCUUUACAGCAAUUCAACCAUCAAGGCCUGAUUCACGCAGUCCCCUCUGAACAGUUGAUGUUGAGAUGUGUCUGUUACUUGAACUCUGUGACGCAUUUAUUUGGGCUGCAAUUUCUGAGGCUGGUAACACUAAUGAACUUAUCCUCUGCACCAGAGGUAACUCUGGGUCUUCCUUUCCUGUGGCGGUCCUCAUGAGAGCCAGUUUCAUCAUAGCACUUGAUGGUUUUUUUUUUUUUUGCGACUACACUUGAAGAAACGUUCAAAGUUAUUGAAAUGUUCCGUAUUGACUGACUUCAUGUCUUAAAGUAAUGAUGGACUGUCGUUUCUCUUUGCUUAUUUGAGCUGUUCUUGCCAUAAUAUGGACUUGGUCUUUUACCAAAUAGGGCUAUCUUCUGUAUACCCCCCCUACCUUGUCACAACACAACUGAUUGGCUCAAACGCAUUAAGAAGUAGUGUGCAAAGCUGUCAUCAAGGCAAAGGGUGGCUAUUUGAAGAAUGUCAAAUAUAAAAUAUAAUUUGAUUUGUUGAACACUUUUUUGGUUACUACAUGAUUCCGUGUGUUAUUUCAUAGUUUUGAUGUCUUCACUAUUAUUCUACAAUGUAAAAAUAAAGAAAAACCCUUGAAUGAGUAGGUGUCCAAACUUUUGACUGGUACUGUAUAUUUUGUUACCUUUAUGUAUUUUUUUUUAUGAAUAUUCAUAACAGAUUAAAUGCAUUUUGGACAAGGGAUCCGUGGAAUAAGUUUAGAGGGUGUAAUGUAAUAUUAUUAAUCUACAAUUGAUGUUCUUAACCCUGGGCAACAUGGACCUGGGAGGCUCUGAUGGAUAUUGGUAUCCACUGCAGUACUCUACCAAUUUUACAUUUUUCAACUCAAUACUUUUUACAUAAAUGCUGUAAUUUAAUCUUUAAAACUGCAACGUUUUCUCUCUGCCUCAUGGCAAAUGUGUAGAAUUGCAGGAUAUAUAUAUAUAUAUAUAUAUUAUUAUUUUAAAAAAAUUCUAAAGCAUUGCAGGAAUUUAACUUAAACUGCUAAAUCUUCUCUCCGAUGCCAAGAGGCGGGCUUCUAAAAUCUUGCUUCCCAGGGCCCGAGACUUGGUUCGUCCAGCUAUGUACUGUUGAAGUCAUAGUAAAACUCCAGAUGUCACCCCAGCCUUAUACCUCCCCGUCUCUCUCCAGAUGUGACCCCAGCCUUAUACCCCCUCUCUCUCUCUCCAGAUGUGACCCCAGCCUUAUACCCCCUCUGUCUCUCCAGAUGUGACCCCAGCCUUAUACCCCCUCUGUCUCUCCAGAUGUGACCCCAGCCUUAAACCCCCCCGUCUCUCUCUCUCCAGAUGUGACCCCAGCCUUAUACCCGUCUCUCUGUCUCUCUCCAGAUGUGACCCCAGCCUUAUACCCGUCUCUCUCCAGAUGUGACCCCAGCCUUAAACCCCCCCGUCUCUCUCCAGAUGUGACCCCAGCCUUAUACCCGUCUCUCUCCAGAUGUGACCCCAGCCUUAUACCCCCCUCUCUCUCUCUCUCUCCAGAUGUGACCCCAGCCUUAUACCCCCCUCUCUCUCUCCAGAUGUGACCCCAGCCUUAUACCCCCCUCUCUCUCUCUCUCUCCAGAUGUGACCCCAGCCUUAUACCCCCCUCUCUCUCUCUCUCUCUCUCUCUCUCUCUCUCUCUCUCUCUCUCUCUCCAGAUGUGACCCCAGCCUUAUACCUCUCUCUCUCUCUCCAGAUGUGACCCCAGCCCAGGCGCUAGUCAGCAGUUCGUCCAAGCCUGGAGGUUUUGACCGAACCAAUCUGAUGAAGAAGCUUCUGAAGCAACGUCCAAUCAGGGUGUCCCAUUUACUGCAGGAGAACAUGCCCAGCUGUGAGUCACAAGACCAGACUAUUCAAACUAAACUUCAAUGUCCCUGUAGGGGAAUUCAUUACGCAGCCAUGAGCACAUAAUGCACAAUGGAGUCUACACUGAGUUGAUUAAACAUUAGGAACACCUUCUUUAAUAUGGCGUUGCACGUAGGACUGUUGCAGUGACCGGCAGUCAUGAGACAUGACCGCAGUAAAAUUCUAUGUGACCGUUGAGUCACAGUAAUCUCAUUUUAUGCACUCUGGAUAUGUUCGUAAUGCCCAACUCGCUAAUGAUCAUCGGGUCGCUAACGGCCUGGUACUCAGGGCUCUAUUGUCCCUCUAACCAUCAGGUCCUAAUGGCCUGGUACUCAGGGCUCUAUUGGCCCUCUAACCAUCAGGUCCUAAUUGCCUGGUACUCGGGGCUCUAUUGUCCCUCUAACCAUCGGGUCGCUAACGGCCUGGUACUCAGGGCUCUAUUGGCCCUCUAACCAUCAGGUCCUAAUGGCCUGGUACUCAGGGCUCUAUUGCCCCUCUAACCAUCAGGUCCUAAUGGCCUGGUACUCAGGGCUCUAUUGUCCCUCUAACCAUCAGGUCCUAAUGGCCUGGUACUCAGGGCUCUAUUGGCCCUCUAACCAUCAGGUCCUAAUGGCCUGGUACUCAGGGCUCUAUUGGCCCUCUAACCAUCAGGUCCUAAUGGCCUGGUACUCAGGGCUCUAUUGGCCCUCUAACCAUCAGGUCCUAAUGGCCUGGUACUCAGGGCUCUAUUGGCCCUCUAACCAUCAGGUCCUAAUGGCCUGGUACUCAGGGCUCUAUUGUCCCUCUAACCAUCAGGUCCUAAUGGCCUGGUACUCAGGGCUCUAUUGUCCCUCUAACCAUCAGGUCCUAAUGGCCUGGUACUCAGGGCUCUAUUGUCCCCCUAACCAUCGGGUCGCUAACGGCCUGGUACUCAGGGCUCUAUUGUCCCUCUACCCACCAGGUCCUAAUGGCCUGGUACUCAGGGCUCUAUUGUCCCUCUAACCACUCUGACAUCAAUGCAAAUGCAAUCGCAAAUCACAUCAAACACUUAUCAAAACCUUACUUUUACAAAACCGUACUUUUAAAAACUAGUCUCACUGUGAUGAUCAAUUUGAAGAAAGAAGUUGAACAGCAGGUUGAAACUGAGUGGAAAACGUGGAUGUUGUUUCAAAGCCUAACGCAACGAAAUGGACAGCGCUUUCUAAGGUGACGAUUAAUUCAAAACUUCCAUAUGCAUAUUAGAGCUGAUGCAUCUUAAAAUUAAGAUUGUGCCUUCUAUACAAUACAUACCCUACCGCAUACUACGCAUGGCAGAAAAAUAUAUAUUUUAAAAUGAUUUAAGAUGCCUUUAGUACAUAGCCUAUACUCUUAACAUUAAACCUACCCAAUUAUAGUGAAUUUGAAUAGCCUAGUAAUUAGGGCAUUUAUGUUUAUAUAAUGAAUAGGAUGACAUUACUUUUAGCUACAGAAUAUAUCGGCACCGUGCGUUUCCAUCUCCUCCCCUUCAAUAAUUCCUCCAGCACGCAGAAAGAGUCUACAGUUUUCAGGAAAUAUGUUUUGUUGUGAAAACGUUACUAUCGAUGUUUCCAAACACAUUUCACUUGGUUUCGCAAAUUUAUGCACCGGGUAGCUGCAGGAACAGGGUUGGAGAGCCCAUGGCAUACAGAGUACUGGGUAGCUGGAGGGACAGGGUUGGAGAGCCCAUGGCAUACAGAGGACUGGGUAGCUGGAGGAACAGGGUUGGAGAGCCCAUGGCAUACAGAGUUUGGGCGGAAUAUGAUCUGUCAUGCAGUGAGAGCAUGCUUUUAAACAGUGGUUUGUGUGUUGAAAUAACCGGAGUGGCUUACCCGAGUGAAAAGCAAAGGCCUGUCCUAUUUCCCCUCCCCAUUUGGAUAAUGGACCAUUUCUAAAUCUAAACAAAUUGUCCAUAUUAGUAAAGACAAGAUUUUAAAUUAAUUGAUGGGUGAAAAUAUUGUGAUGUUCACAACCAGAAAUGGUGCUAAAACAGAAGAGGGAACCAACAAAGUCUCUGACAACAACCAAAAUGAAACGGGUGGGGUUUUAGGAGGGGUUCUGAAAGACAUUCAUGGGGGGGUCCACUGGAAGUUAACUAGCAACACCAACUGGGACGUAAAAGACACACACUAAAGUUGCCCAUUUAACAUUUUACAUUUAAGAGGCAAACAAACUAAAACCCCAAACUAUAAAACUAAAACCCACCAAACUGAAAGACAGGAAGCAAACCACAAAGUGGAGCAAAAUGAAAUCAGGGAAGAUGAAGAUGACGGAUUGUUCUUUUUAGAAAUGAAAUAAGGAGAGCCAACUAAAGGCGUUAACCCUCCACAUCUCUGAAGACGAAUGGAGCACUGGGCCAGCCACGUGCUAACGUCCAACCUCGAAAAUAUAAAUGGAAAAACCAAAGCCUGUUAAGAGUAUGAUCCCGGAGACCACAGCUGUGCAGCCAGAGGCAAGGAAGGCCUUUUUUGGCAACUUUCUCAAAUCAUCAAUAGCCUUUAGUUGCCUCAUGCAGCCCAUACAGUGCAUUCGGAAAGUAUUCAGACCCCUUGAAUUUCCACAUUUUGUUACGUUUCAGCCUUAUUCUAAAAUUAUUUCCCAUUUUAGGUUACACGCACACACAACUAUGAAACAUUGAAUAAACCUUUCAAAGUGUUAUGAAAGAGGGUAGAGUUGAGCAUGUUCUCUUCUUACCUUUGAUUGAAACUGGACAACUCAAUGUGAUCAUUACCUCCUCACUCCUAAUCAUGUUUGCUUCCUCCCUGCAGUCUCUAACUUCCACUACGAUGAGUUCUUUGAGAGGAAGAUUGAGGAGAAGAAGAGCGACCACACGUACCGUGUCUUUAAGACGGUGAACCGACGGGCCACUGACUUCCCCAUGGGUGACGACUACACCGAUUCCCUUAGCAACAGGAGAGACGUGUCCGUUUGGUGCUCCAAUGACUACCUGGGCAUGAGCAGACACCCACGGGUCGUCAACUCCAUCACGUAAGUAGCCGGACAACCGGUGAUGGGUGGAUCGUUUCUGGAUAGUUGGAUGGAUAGAGAGAUACAGACAGACAGACAGACAGGUCGUGCUCAGUAGGGCUAUAGAAAGGGGUUGUUUUAUUUCCCAUUUGAAACCGAUUUAAUUUGCAUUUUCCCCCCAGAUAGUAGUACCUCCCAGUUUCACUCUUUCAAUUUUUUUUUGUAUUUCUUCUUUAGGGGGUAGAUCAGCUUUAAUAUUGCAGAUAGAUUGUAACUUCCAUCAAUGUAAUUGUCUGCAUCACUUCCAAUCCCCCAUAUGUUUUUUUUCUCUCGCAUAUACAUACAUGCAUACAUAUAAAUUCACAUAUCCUUUAAAAAUAUAUAUAUUUCCCUUUCUUACUUUCCAACCCCACCACCCCUUCCCUAAUUGGAGUAAACUAGUGAACAUGUUUUCUUAUUGCCUACUGAAUACAACCAUGGAUAGAUCAAGGGGCUAUAUUGCUCCCUGAGGAGACACGACAAAAGAAACCGUUAGUUUCAUUUAAGGACCAAUUACCUAUCCCAUUGGCCUUUCUAUAGAUGCCCACACAGAGCUGAUAAUAACCCAGGGAAGGUGUACACAUGGUAAUUGGCCUGUUUUACUAUUGUUGCCUGGUGUUGUUGACAGGGUGACGUUGGGUAAUCAUGGUUCUGAGGCUGUUGUUAACCGGUGUUUGUUGUUGACUGUUGUCUCCAGGGAGACGUUGCGUAAGCACGGCAGCGGGGCUGGAGGAACCAGGAACAUCUCUGGGACCAGUAAGUUCCACGUGGAACUGGAACAGGAACUAGCAGAUCUCCACGGGAAGGACGCUGCGCUACUCUUCACUUCCUGCUUCGUAGCCAAUGACUCCACCCUGUUCACCCUGGCCAAGAUGAUGCCAGGUAACCAUAUCACCUGUACUGAACUAACACACCCUGUACUUACAGGGCCAGCUAAAUCAUAAUCAUCAAUAAUCAUCUGAACUAACAGACAUUGUAGUGCCAAAAUAAAGAGCACCCUGUGCCCAUCAGUCCCUCUAGACCAGGUGCUGGUUUAUCAGUCCCUCUAGACCCAGUCAGGUGCUGGUUUAUCAAGUCCGCCUUAGACAGGUGCUGGUUUAUACAGUCCCUCUAGACAGGUGCUGGGUUAUCAGUCCCUCCAGACCAGGCAGGUGUGCUACAAAGGAACCGGUUAGUUUACAUUUAAAGGACAGUGCUGGUACACCUUACCCAUUGCUGUUUAUAGUCCCUCAGACCAGUGCUGUUAAUAUCACCAGGGAAGUCCCUCUACCAGGUAAUUGCCUGUUUUAUAUCCUUGCCGUGGCUGGUUUGUUUGACAGGUACAGUGGGUAAUCAUCCUGUCUGUAGGCUGUGUUAACCACCAGGUAGGUGUUUUACUGUCCUCUGCCAGGGGAGCGUUUGACGUACCGCAGCGGGCUGGUAUCAGACAUCUCUGGGACCAGUAAGUCCCUGCUGAACAUGGGUAACUAGCCCAAUCUCAAACGGAAGGGACGCUCCCUAACAUGGUUUUCACUUGCCGUGUGUUUCAGUCCCAUAACUGCCUGUUUCACCCUGGCCAAAGGUGAUCCCAGUCCCUAACACCGUACUGUACAUCCCCAACCAGUAGGUCUUAUCAGGUCCCCUAAAUCCAUCAGGUCUGUAUAUCAGUCCUUGAACUAGUCAGGGUGUUAUGGAUCAGGUGCUGGUUUAUCAGUCCCUCUAGACCAGGUCAGGUGCUGGUUUAUCAGUCCCUCUAGACCAGGUCAGGUGCUGGUUUAUCAGUCCCUCUAGACCAGGUCAGGUGCUGGUUUAUCAGUCCCUCUAGACCAGGUCAGGUGCUGGUUUAUCAGUCCCUCUAGACCAGGUCAGGUGCUGGUUUAUCAGUCCCUCCAGACCAGGUGGUGUUGGAUUCCAGCGGUUGUACUUCCAACUCCAUGUUGGCUCUCUGUGGAUCACGACCAUAGAACUGAAAUGUCAAUCAACAUAGCCACCUAGGUAAAAAAUAGGGUUAUUAAUUGUAUCAUACACCAUAUUAAUCUGGGUUAUCAUGGAACUAAAUGGGUACUAAAAUUCGACUAAACAGGCUUUUAUUGUCCGUCACAAAAGAGGUUGUCAAUAUGAUCUCCUGAAUAAACAAAGGAUCAAAAAGUGAAUCUGUGUCAUGGCUUUGAGGAGGGCUGCUUUGAGGAAAGCUUAACUGGCUUCGCUUGCUUUGAGGAAAGCUAAUGACUACGAUAUGUGUUUGUUUUUGUCUACCUUAGUUGAAUGCACUGACUGUAAGUCGCUUUGGAUAAGAACGUCUGCUAAAUGACCAACAUGAAAUGGUACUAAACAGGUGUUUUAUUCCCCCCUCUCUCGCUAGGCUGUGAGAUCUAUUCUGAUGCAGGGAACCACGCCUCCAUGAUCCAGGGCAUUAGGAAUAGCGGAGCCAAGAAGUUUGUGUUCCGUCACAAUGACCCCAACCACUUGAGAGAUCUGCUGCUGAAGUCAGACCCGUCCACUCCAAAGAUCGUGGCCUUCGAGACAGUCCACUCUAUGGAUGGUGAGUGGGGUAGUGCUUGGUGUGCUUCCCAAAUGGAGCCCUAUUCCCUAUGUGAAGAGCCUUAACGUGACCAAUGAUGUGUAACUGAAAUAUCCUGUUGACGUCAGUGCUAUGAGAGAACGUUACAAGUCCUAUUUGCCUGAAUAGUUCUUAUCUGGAGUUGACUCAGUGAAGCCUGAAUGGCAGUAUUAAAAUGUCCAAUACUGGUUAUAUGAUAUUUACUGUUGGUUCCUGUUGAAGAAAUGUGUAAAUUUAGGGACAAUGUCAGUAUCGCGAUACUCGUUUAGUAUCGGUAGCAAGGAAGCAAAACACGAAGCGGAUUUAACUUCUUUAGGAAAACAGCCCUAAUGUUGGAAACAAAUAUCAUUAUGUUGUCACAUGUAUUGAUUUCCAAGCUAUAUCCCACUGUUACAUACAGCAGGUCUUUAAAGAACAAACAGUUUGGCCUACUUUGUGUUUACAUUUUUUGCCAUGGAAGAAAUAUUGGUAUGAUUCCGGCCCUAGUGUAAAACCCUCCUGCUAAAUUAGUUAUGAUAUUAACCCUUUUGUUGUUUUUUUAAAGGUAUGGUGCGUCCCACUGUAAACCCUGUUUUAAAAAAAAAAGCCUAAUUAAAGUUUUUUUUUUUUUUUUUUUUUUUUAAAGGUGCGGUGUGUCCUCUGGAAGAGAUGUGUGACGUGGCCCAUGAGUUCGGAGCCAUCACGUUUGUAGACGAGGUGCAUGCGGUGGGGCUGUACGGCGCCAGAGGAGGAGGCAUCGGAGACCGGGACGGCAUCAUGCACAAGAUGGACAUCAUCUCUGGAACACUGGGUCCGUAUUAA